AUGCUCCCGUUCGCAGUCGUGCACGACUCGCAGACUCCACCGCCGUACUCGCCUCACACACCGCACUCGUCCUUCCCGCCCACCCGCACCCACUCGUCCACCACCCACGGAGAUGCCGCUCCCUCCCCCUCCGCAUCCGCAGCAGCACUCGACUCGCUCCUCGCAGACACAGACUCGGCUUCGUCCGCAUCCACGUCCUCAACGCCUCCAUCGAGACCGUCGACCGACUCGGCAGACGGCGCACCGACGGGCCUCGCGUCGUUCAGGAACCGUGCGGGCGCAGGAGGAGCGGGGACGAUGAGUCGCUUGUCGAGCGGGACGGGCACCGCUGCGUCCUCGCUGUCUGCCUCGUCGUCGUCGAUCGCCGCGAUGGGCUCCGUCUGCGGCCUCGGCAUGAGCGCCCUCGAGGACGGUCUCGGAGGGGGAGGAGGAGGGGGCGCAUCAAGCAGCGCGUCGUCGACCGUCUUUACCUACGGCGGCAGCGGCGGUGGCGCAUGGAGCGGCGACGAAGGUUCGGGCUCGACUUCGUUCGGGCUCGGGUUGGAGGCGGGCUCGUCGCGCGUCUCAAGUCGGGCGCACAGUCCUGCGCCCAUGUCGGACGGGGGGUUCGACGGGUACCUUAGCUAUCGCGCUGGAAGCAGGAACAGGAGUAGGAAUACGUCCGGUUACAACACCCCGGUCGAGAAGGAGCAUGCGUACGGGCCAGAGUACUACCACAACCACCACUACCAGACCUCGGCUCUGCUGAGCAAGCUCGGCGGUACGCUCGCACCCGAGACGUCGCCCGUCAUCGGUCGCAAGCAGCGGAAACCAGGCUGGUGGGCCCGUCGAGCUGAAACCCGUCGCAAGAACACGGGUCCUCGGUCGUCCGCCUCGUCCGGCGGCGAGUCGAGCGCGCCUCUGCUCGGCGGCGUCCCCGGCUCGUCGUCGAAAACGGGCAAGGACCGCUCGUGCUUCUCGACUUUCCUCGCCGCCCUCCUGCGCCAGCCUUGGUUCCCCACUCAGCCCUUCACGAUCCUCUUCUCGCUCCUCCUCUUUGGCUGCUUCGCCGCAACCCUCACCACCUUCCUCGUCAACGUCCUCUCGUCCGACCGAGAACCGCCUCCCUGGCGUCAGUACUGCCAAGAGCAGCGUGCGUUCCCUCACGACCUCGCCGACUCUCUCAAGCCAGUCAACGUCUUCGUAGGCGUCUUCUCCGUCGACGCCGCCGCCGAACGCCGAAACGCCAUCCGCCUCUCGUACGCCAAGCACUCGAAGCCUAUCGAUCCGCGCACCGGAACCGCAGCGCACAACGUCCAGCUCAAGUUUGUCCUCGGGAGGCCGAGGGCAAAGUGGAGCAAGCGCAUCGCGCUCGAGAUGGAGAUGUUCAACGAUAUCGUCGUCCUCGACGUCGAGGAGAACAUGAACAAGGGCAAGACGUUCCGGUACUUUAGCUGGGCGGCGGAGAACGCGACUGUCCCCGUGUUUUACGCCCUUCCCGGUCAGGACGGGCUGGUGGAUGGACAGAGGCAGGUCGGAGUCGGGUUCAGGAAGGCGGAUUAUGUCGUCAAGGCGGAUGACGACUCGUUCAUCGACUUGGGCGAACUGGAACGCCACAUGCGCAUCACGCCACGCGAGAACACCUACUGGGGCUACCUCGUCCGGAACCGGUUCAUGGCGGGCGAAGUGUACGCCCUCUCGUCCGACCUCGUCUCGUACCUCGCGACCUACCCUCGUCCCAAGUCUUGGACGAUCGGCAAAGAAGACCAGCGCGUCGCGAAGUGGAUGCGGAACCACCCGAACGCGUCGUCGAUCCACUGGAUCAGCGAGCGGUGCUACAUCUACGACCAUCCGAAAGCCGGCACGACCUAUUCCCGCGGCUUUACGUUCCCGGACCAUGUCGAGCAGGUUAGGGCCGAGGGACGGAGGGGGAUCAGUGAGGAGGAGAGGUUGAGGAGGGGAGGAGAGUUGUGGCAGAGUUAUUCGACCGUCGCGAGGUGGAAGAAGCCCUAUGUCGCGCCGGCGCAGGGGUUGUCGAUUGAGGAGGAGGUCGAGGCGCUUGUUGAGGGCGGCGGAAGGUGGGCGACGCAAGGAUGGAGGAGCGACGGCGGGCGUGGACCCGAAGCUGUCAAGCUCGAGAAGGUUGUCUUCGGUCCCUCGAGCGACGCGCACUUCGUCGACCGCCUCACGGACGGCGCAGGACUCGACUCGGAACCGGACAAGACCGUCACGGGCGUCCAGCCUGGCGUGCCAGACCGGGGCGUCGCGAUCCCCUCUGCGCGCACGACUCGCUUCGGGAAGGACUUGUUCCGUGAUCCGGAGGGCGUCAGGGCUGUCUCGCAUCUGAGGAAGAGGGCGGCGAAUGUCCAGCAGGGUCCGACGAGGGCGCCGCUUGGGGAGGGCGAGUACGAGAUCCAUAACCUCGUUCGCGGGCCGUUCGAGGAUGGACCGUCGCCGGCUGAGGGGGCGACGAGCGAGUCGACGGGCGAGCAGGUCUCGCUCAACUCGACACUCGGGUCGUCCUCCGCCUCGCCCGCCUCCUCGACCUCGGCGCCUCACACCGACGCGCCCUACGUCAACGAGCCGACCGCGCAGAUUCGUCUUGGCCAACACGCCUACGCCGUUCCGUCGUACAACGAGCGCUUCGUCCCCGCCCCGACUCUCCGCUUCGACCCCGCCACGCUCUCGGUUCGCGAACGACGCAUGCUCGGCCGCGAACACGGAGGAACGGUCGCCGUACACUACCUCAAGCGCAACGAGUGGUUCUUCGAGACUGCGCUUGCGCUCCUCGGCCGCGAGAAGAUGUGGGACGGAGGAGCCGAUGUGCCCGCCUACCCCGCUACGCCCUACUCGUCUAACUCGCUCCUUGAGCCGUACGCCAAGGACCCCCUCGUGCUCACCUCGACUCCGCCGGCACACCUCGCCCAGCGGUUCGAGCAGGACGACGCGCUCGUCGCCGUCGACGACCGCCUCGAGGUCUUCCCUGCGCUGUGGGGUGCGCCGAGGAUGUACGGCUCGCCUAUCGUCCUUUCGAACGGGAUGAUCGUCGAAGGCCGCCGGGCUGAAGCGAAUCGCGAGCGCCUCGUCGGACCUCCUGGGACCCGACUCGAGGCGGGUGCGGGCAGAGGUGCGGCGUCGACGAGUGCGGGGACGGUCAGUCGGUUGGGACGGAUUACGGGCGGUGGAAGGAUGCCGAUGAUGGCGCUUGCGGAGGAGGAUGGCGUCGAGAUCGAGAUUGGCGACGAGGAGCGAAGAAAGGCUGGCGAGGGAGAGGUCGCGCUCGAGGCUUCCGUCGUCGAGGAGGCUUCUGCCGUGGCGUCGCCUUCGGCCUCGUCCGCAUCUUCGGCGUCACCAUCGUCCGCGCCAUCCACCGGCAGCGACGCACCGUCCGCACCCUCGGCUUCCGAAGCAUCUUCCUCCUCCGCCUCCGCCUCAUCCGCCUAA